GGUCAGCAUGAAAGCUCACGCUGUGCCGUUUCAGUGUGGGCACUGAGCAUAUGCAACUUUGGAAAUUUAACCGCAAUUCAUUUUCUGUGCGACAUUACAUUACAUUUUUCCACUCGUAUACUACUACCAAUACCUUACUUUCUUUACCUUAACCUUAACUCAUCUUAGCAAUUCAACUGCUGCAUUAUUAUCUAUCUAUCAUUCUUAACCGUUUCGUAUACACCAUCAUACAUUUUUACACUUUUACCUUUUUCGUGUUCACAACCUCAUGCCGACUGAACUGUUUCCGAUCAAAAAUUUAGCUGCAAUAUCCCUCCGCUAGAAUUUCGACCUCGCAUCAUAAAGGAAGCUCUACACAUGUAAUAAUGUCUGUGAGACGGACAAGAUCGGUAUCUAAGUGGAAAGAAGUCCUGGGCUUCGACGAGGGGUUCUACCCCACAUCCGAAACUCCUCCUCCAUAUCAUCGCUAUGAAUCUACCGAAUCCAUCUAUGAAUCAGUAGGAUCCAUAAGUCCUACUGUAUCUUACUACCAUGAGACCCUCGAAGAACUCACUCCUAAAUUCCAUUACUCCGACGCACCAGAAGUCGUGAACCAUACACCAUAUUACCAUGACGCGCCCGAGGUGGUAGAAACCCCUCUCGAUUAUACCUAUUCAGAUGCUCCGGAAGCAGUGAUACAACCUUCAGAUGCCCCAGAGGCAGUUAUAAAACCUUCAGAUGCUCCGGAAGCAGUUAUACGAUCUCCCACUUCAACCAAUUUUUCACAUACUCCAAUAUCAGCGAUAACGUCAAGAUUUAAUACCACUACGCCUUCAACGCAUGCACCGACCAAUAUAGCAACUCGUACUCCAAGCAAUAUAGCAACUCAUACUCCAAUCAAUCCAUCUAAUUCCGGAAUUAGACUUCCACGAGAUUUAACUUUCACCAGAAAUUCCAUAUGUGAUAUUCUUCUCUCACCAUCAUCACCAUCAUCACCACCACCAGCAUCAAAUAAUCAAAAACCUCUUCCGUCACCACCGCCACUAUUCUAUAUCACGAUCCAUCAAUCCACAUCCCAAAACGUUCCAGCUGUACCACCUCCAGGUAACCGCAACAAGCCGGAUAUUGCGCUCCAUUCCACCGCAUCACCUAAUUCACCCCUGCUCGCUUUCGCAUGCUUCAACACCGUUACCCUCAUAACAGAUAUAACCACGCUCCCGCCACCCACACGUCCCAUCUCUCCGCUCACUCCGCCCUCCUCAUCUUCUCUACCCUCAAAAGCCAUUGUGCCACCUCCUACAACCUACAACCUACCUACUUCUCCCGGUGACUCCCUCACAUUCGGCGUGCGAUCCCAAGGAUACAAAACCGAGAGAUUAGUCCCUACCGGUGGAAUAUUCACAGCAGAGCGCUACGCCUUCUACCACACCCUACCGCGAACCUUUGUAAAAGAAAAAUUCGAAUGGCGCCAAGUAUCUUCAUCCUCCUCCGCCCCACAAGUCGGACUCGCCGCCGUCCCCGAAGAAAUGACGAGUAAAAAAGGCGGGGUAAAAAUGAAGCUCAUGCGAUGUUCAACCGGCGAAACCAUUGCCGUAUAUGUGGGCGUCGGAAACGAAGACUGGGCUGAUAAGGAACGGAAAAGACGGCAGAGAAAGGAAAGAGGAAAGGUAUUGGGCAUGAUGCGCUGGUUGGAGUUGGAGAGUGGGAGUGCGGGAUUGGGCGAUGAGUUUGAGUUGAUGGGUGUUAUGAGUGUGCUUGGGGUGAUGGAGAGAUGGAGGAGGGUCAUGAAUGUGCAGAAGCAGUUGGGGAUGUUUACCUCGUGAGGAGGAGCCGGAACGGUGGAAAGUAAAGGAAUGCAGAGAAGAAGAGAAGAGUAUUAGAAGAGGAGAUGCGGAUGAGAGGGUAAAAGGUAAAAAUGUGCCAUGUUAUGAUAAAUGAGAAUUGAUCUAGAUGAAGGGACAGAUACAGAUGAGUUAAUAAUAUUGGAUGGAGCAAAAAUUGUACAUGAGGUUGAAGAAUAGUAAAGGCUUUCAGUGAGUGGUGGAUUCGGCUUGUAUUUAGCACAGUAUUUUACAU